CAAACAGGUUGCUUUAGCGGCGGCAGCAGCAGCCGGAGCAGGAGGAGUUUGUUCAUGUCUGCAGUGUAUUGUGAAACAUAUUCUGGGAUGCAACACGGCAAGUGAGCACACGCAUCUCUUGAUAAUCGAAGGGUACUUUAGACGUCGCUUCUGAUAUCUCGCCUGGACCUUCCUCCAUUCUAGCAGGCAGGAAGUGGAGAAAAAGGGACCUAGCCCUAAGAAUUUUAAUAUCCUCUAGCCCAACCAGGAAGUCAAAAUGGCCCUCUCCACAGACAGGAAGCCUCCACUUGACUACGGCGUCCAGAUCCGCUUCAUCAAGGACCUCCAUGAUACUGGCGGGGGCUACCCCGAGAAGACCAGAGGGGGCAGCGGCGCCAUGCCCCUCUCCAACAAGUAUGGGGUGGCCGUCCGGGUACAGGGCAUCUCCGGCCAGCCCUACGUGGUGCUGAAGGAUGGGGAGAAGGGCGACUCGUAUGGGGUGCAGCUGAAGACUCAGCAGGCCCAGUCACAGAACCCCAACUUAGGCCUCUCCUCGCCCUACAACAGUCUGCCCCAGAGGAAGGAAGGGGGGGAGAUCCAGAACCCUUACGCCCCUACUGGACAAACACUCAGCUUUCCGGUCUCUCCAAAGUCCACACCAGAGGGCGAGGGCAGGGAGGACUUUGGGAGUCCUUUCAAGAGACCUCCUGGGGAUGGCCAGGCUGGGAGCCAGAGAGAGGGUGAGGGUGGGCCCCGGAGGGAAGGACAGAUGAAGGUAAAGGUCAAGGAAGAACCCAGUCCCACAGCAGCAGAACCCUACAGAGUGGAUAUGAAGGAGAGAGGUUGGGUCAAUGGGGAGGAAUUUAAUGAGGCAGGGCUCAAACCGGUUAGUCCCAGAGGGGCCAGACAGAAUGGGGUGGGGCUCGGUGGUUUGCUGGGCAGAAAUGGACUUGAUUCGUCCAUCCCAGAACCCCCUCCUCCAGCGUCGUUCAAUGAGGCGAUUGUUCCUGCCAUCGACAAGACCUCCCUGGCGCCUAUCAACAAGCUGAUCAGCAAGUUCAACAUUGGCACUCCUACUGGACAGAGUAGGGGGCGCUCCGGAACAAGGCUGCGGCUCAAGUUCGAUGAACGCAGACGCUCCAGAAGUCUGGAUGCUUGCAAAGAUGUUCAUCGUGAGGUCUCCCCUCCUUCACCAACUCCCAACACUACCUCCUUGCUCUUCUCCACCUCCUCAUCCACGUCAUCCACACCUCCGUACAGUAGCCUAGGAAUGAGCCCUGUCUCAGUUGCCAAGGCGACAGCCCUCCCUGGCCCCAAAAUGAGCUUCAGAAAGUCACCUGGGAAGUUAGUCAAGGAUACACCUCCUGCCAUCCCACCAAAGAAGACUGGGAUGCCGGCCCCUCGGAGGAAUCAGAGUGUAGAGGUCAUCAGUGGAGAGGAACCACAAACCAAACAAGCUGUCUACACCAUCCUGAAAGAGGGGACCAGUGAGAGUGAUUUAUCCAUCAAACGUAAAGGCAACCUAGUCUACGAGACGACCAGUGGUGCUAAGGUUCCUCCUAAACAAGGGUCUCAUGAGAAUCUGAAGAAGGAGUUGGAGCAGCGUCUGAAUGAGAACCACCAGCUUCAGGAACAACUGGACCGCAACAAAACCGAACUACAGAUGGCCCAAGAAGAGUUGACCCAGCUGCGGAUGGCCAGGGAGGGGGCAGAGUCUCGGGUGCGUCAACAGGAAGACCAGCUGGCUGAGCUUCAGGAGGAGCUGAGGGGAAUGCCAGAGAACACACCACAAACCGACUCCAUGUCACUGCAGACGGAUGUGAUAUCGUUGCAGGCGGACCUGGCGGAGGCGGCAAUGUUGCGGCAGCGUCAGGAGGAGGUACUGCGUCAGAGGGAGAGAGCGCUGACGGCCCUGAAGGGGGCGCUGAAGGAAGAGGUGGGGAGCCACGACCAGGAGAUGGAAGCCCUCAGGGAGCAGUACAGCCAGGACAUGGAAACCCUGAGAAGCACCAUGGAACAGGUGUCACAGUCCCAGCAGCAGAUUGAGGAGGAGAGGCAGAGGGUGAAUGAUGCCAUGCUCUGCCUGGAGGAGGAGCUAGAGAGCUGCAGGGACCAGGGUGGCCAGUGGAGGAAGCAGCUGGAAACCACCACAGAGGAGCUUCACAGCAACAAGCAGGAGCUCAUGAGAGCACGUUUGGAGAAGGAAGAGUUUGAGGGGGAGCUGAAGGAGCUUCAGGAUUCACUGAUGUCCAUGAAGAAGCAGAUGCCUGGCUUUGACGAGGCAGACUCUUAUGCAGAGGAUCUUCAGCGUUGUAAUGAUGAUAUCAAGCAGGCUCGCACGGAGGUUGACAGACAAAAGGUUGAGCUAAAUGAGAAGGAGGCGGAGCUUCAAGCCCUGAGGAGGGCUAGCCAAGUACGGGAGUCUGAAUUGAGGUCAGAGAAUGACCGACUGAAGGACCAAUUACGGCAGGGGAAAGAUGAGCUCGAGAUGGCACUUGAGAAGGCAAAGCAGUCAUCAGGUGGGUCCUCACCAUUGGAUCAGGGGAGUCUGGAGCUUCAGGAAGCCAACACAAGACUGAGAGAGAGACUGACUCUCAUGACGAGGCUUCACUCCAGCGUGCCCCAGAGCUCGGAGGCUGAGCAGGCACUGGAAGAUGAGAACCGCUCCCUGAGGUCCCAACUGGAGGAAGCCAGGCGAGGAGCCUCCCGUCUGGGCAAGGACAGGGAUGAGCUGGGCCAACGGCUGGAGGAGAGAGAUCUGGAGAGAGAUGCGCUGCGCAAGGGCAAGAGUGACCUGGAGGAGCAGAAGAGACUGUUAGACCGGGCCCUGGAGAAGAUUAGCAAGGAGAUGGAGGUGAUGCUGGGGGACUCCCGUCAGUCGGUGCAGGCCCUGCAGAGCCAGAUGGAUGAAUACAGGGAGCGCUCCAGGAGAGACCUACAGGAUGCCCAGCGGCAGGGCAAAGACCGACUGGCUGAACUGCAGAGGGCCCAGGCCAACUUGAAAACACUGCAGGAAGAGGUUUCUCGUUUGAAGAAAGAGCUGCUGGUGUGUGGGGAGGAGAGGGACAGCGCCCAGCUGGAGAGAGACCUGCUCAGCAGCCGCCUCAAACAUCUGGAAAGCGAACUGGACUCUGAGAGGAGCUCUCAGACGGACCGCAACAGGGAACUCAGAGGCCUGGAGGACAAAGUGAAGACGAUGGAAAUUGAAUUGGAUGAGGAGAAGAGCAGCGUGGAGCUUCUCAAUGAUCGUAUUGCACGCAGUCGAGAACAGAUUGACCAGCUGCGUGGAGACCUGAUGAAGGAGCGCUCAACCGUACACGACCUGGAGAUGGACAAGAGUGUCCUAGAGAGACAGGUGAAGGAGUUGAGGUCCCGUGUGGCAGACAUGGAGACACAGUUCCGUCCCUCCACUGGAAUGACUUUGUUAGAGGGUAAAGUGCAGGAGCUGGAGGAGAGGCUACACAGUGAAGAGAGAGAGAAGCUGAGUAUCCAGGCCUCCCAGAGGAGAGUAGAGAGAAAGCUGAAGGAAAUAAUCGUCACUCUGGACCAGGAGAGGAACCAGCACGCUGAGCAACGAGACCAGCUGUCCCUGCGUGUGAAGGCCCUGAAGCGUCAGCUGGACGAGAGCGAAGGCGAGGUGGAACGACUAGAGGGGGUCCGCAGGAAGGCUCUUAGGGACCUGGAGGAGCAGCAGGAGCUGCAGGAAGCACUGCAGGCCAAAGUCACAGCACUGGAGUCUGAGAAGCGGAAGGUGUAUCAGACGCGUCGACCUGUCCUGGGAGCCUCCAACCUCAGUUCUGAGGACGAGGAGGGUUUUUACGACAACAGCAUCGCCUCCAUCCUCACUGAGGGACAAUUACAUACCACCAACUGCUAGGGAGAGAUUUUUUCAUAUAUUAAAUUAAUAGAUUAAAAUAUAACUGGUUAGAGGGAGGUACUCAGGACUCUACAUGAAGUAGCUAACAUGCCAAGCACUACGAAAUUGACUUGCAGUUAUUUUUCUGGUUUUAUGAGAACUAGAUUGCUGUGUCAGAGGUUGGUUGCCAGUACAAUCAACUGUCAUCCUGGCACCAUAAUUUCCUUUUAUUUUGUCAGUUAAAAUAUGAGAUAUUUUGUAGAUUGACUAAGCCAAGGGCCCAAAGAACUCUGGUCAAAAGUAGUGCACUGUAUAGGGAAUAGGGUGCCAUUUGGGA